CUGACAUCGGCCUCCCGCCAAUUCGUAUUGCCUUCUCCGAUCUCCGCUUCCCUCCUUCCAUCUCUCGCAAUGGAUUCCGCAAGGUUCUCCCAAACAAUCAACGAAGCAUCGGAAGCGAAACCAUCACCAUCACAUUUCGAUCGCUUCAAGUCCAAGAACAUUGACCCCGAAUCAGCUUUGCUCAAUGGAAUCCAAGCAUCGGUUCAAGAUCCAUGGAGCUUGAAAACUCCAGAGAAGCCGACACGGCCCCCUCGGAGAUCCCAAAACAGAGGUACUGUUGCGUUUUCAGUGAAUCAAGUGAAGGAGUUUGCCCAAGCGCUCCGGACGUCGCAUAAAGAAGGCCUCUCUGAUCGACAAGAUCUAAUCAGAUCGAAUGCAAAUGUUUCGCCUGCAGAAAGACAAAAGCGGCCAGAGUCGAGUUCUGGUUCAGUGAGUAAAUCUUCGAAGAGCGAAGGAUCCAUUAAGCUCCCCCAGAUGUACGAAUUACUGGGUGAGUUCUUUGAUAGCAUGGAGAGUUCAAUUCGGCUGCUUCGGUUGAAGGGUUCGAUGUCUACAUUUACGAACAUUUGCUCAAAGAUCGAAUCUUUAACAGAUAGGAGGUUUUCUUAUGCCCAUUUAGCUCAAAUAAAGUACAUAUUGCCUGAGGCUAUUUUGAUAGAGAAGGUUCUACUGCAAGAUGAACGAACUCUCUGUAUGAAGCCGGAGCUCCAAGUUACCUUGCAACCCAAUGCCUUCAAAAAUGAUAAGAAGCAGAAAAAGGGAACUGGGUACUUAUGUUUGAGGAAGGUGUUCCGUGAGCGGAUUUUAGAUUUCUUCAAGACUCAUCCUGAGGGGAAUGAAAUUCCGGAGGAAACAUUGCCAGAGCCCUUCAACCAAGCGAAACAGAAAGUACUCUCAAGCACAGUCACUGCAUGCAAACUCUCAUUAACUGAUGAGACAUCAUCAUCUAGUGCUCUUCCCCAGCCGACAGCAGUUGCGUCUCACUUGUCAAAGUCUUUCCAGAAACGCUUUUCGCAGAAAAUUUUGUCAAAAUUAUCUGAUGAUAUUCUCAAGCCUUCUGCUCUGCCACUGUCAAAGUCUCCAAAAUUAUCUGAUCAUAUUCCCAAGCCUCCUGCUCUGCCACCAUCAAACUCUUGCCCCAAAGAAUGUUCUUCCAAUGAAAUUGCUGGCAUUCAGUGUACUCCCUCAAAGCUCUCCUCAACUCCUGCCAAGCUGAUGAGUAUUACUCCAGUAUUACAGACACCAAAGAGAUGUCAUAUGAGCCCAGAUGAUGACUCCAACACACCAAACAAAUUAACAAAGCGUCCAAGACGGACUAGGUCAUUGAAGUUUGACUCCCCUGUAAAGAAUGAAAAACCUGUUGAUGAGUUAAAUGUGAUGGAGCGGCCAUCAGUCGAUAGGGAUGUUAUUGAUUUUCUUCCAGAGGCCCUUUUGAAAUCGAUAAGAGAAAAAGAGAGGAAGGCAAUGGAGCAGCAGGAUGUACGUGUAUCACAAGCAAAGUGGAGGCAACAGAUGAUUGCAGGCUUGCCUAAGAUGUUUGACAUGAUCCUCCUCAUAUUUCAGUCCAUUAAUCGUUCUGUUAUGACUAAGGAAGAGCUAAUGCACAAGAUCAUUGCUAGCCAUUGUGAUGUAAUUGAUAGAAGAGAAGCUGAAGAACAGUUGAAAUUAUUAGAGGAAUUAAUUCCCAAUUGGAUUUCCAAAAAGGUGGCAUCUAGUGGAGAUUACCUCAUCCGUGUUGAUAAGAAUGCAAGCCCUGAAUUGAUACGCUCCAGACUCGAAGAAGCUGAGUAAGACAUGGUGAGAGAAAUUCAGAGAUCUUCUCAAGCAGUGUCUUGAGGGAAAUUAAACUGUGCCUGGAAAGUAUGAAGGUUGAUAUUGAUAGAGAGGAAGUGUCUCAGCUGCUGGGGCCAAAAAUCUGAGCUUCCACCUUUCUUGCUACAUCCUGAUGGGCCAUUUGUGCAUAAUUUCCUUUUUUUUUCCUACUCAUGUUAUUUAUUUAAACAGUAACAGCAAGUCUAUGAGAAAAGCCUUAUGUUUGAGUAUAUCUCAAAGCCUGGAAAUAGGCUUGAUUCAGGAUUCAUUGUAAAUACCAAUUUUAUUUAUGAUUCUGCUGUUUCUGAUGUCAA